AUCACGUCGUACGUAAAGGAGGAGCCGCGGCGUCAUCACGUCGUACGUAAAGGAGGAGCUGUGGCGUCAUCACGUCGUACGUAAAGCGGGAGCUUGUGGCUCGGGAAGUAGCGAUUAGCUAAAAGAGGCUUCGCUUUAAAAAGUAGAAAAAUGGAGUACAGUUUUAGCCCAACAUAGAUUUAAAUGUAGCAAAUUCGAGGCAAGAAUUUACGAAAACACCACAUUUCACGGGCAUUUAGUACGUAUGGCUGCUUUUAUAUGGUAAUUUAUUGCGUGAGUAGAACACGUGGCUCGUUGGUCUAGGGGUAUGAUUCUCGCUUCGGGUGCGAGAGGUCCCGGGUUCAAAUCCCGGACGAGCCCAUUUCUUGACAUUUUAUUCCCGCCCCUUUUCCAACGAAGUCAGUUGAGGAGUCAUCUUCGUUUCGGUUAAACCUGAUUAAGAACCGGAUCUGAGGGGGUCCGUUGGCCUUGACUAAUACGUGACGGUGCGUGUCGCUUAACGUACACGGUAACCGGGACAGAAAUAUGGUCAAGUUCGGCACGGUUGUAUUACAUCGGCUCGUUGGUCUAGGGGUAUGAUUCUCGCUUUGGGUGCGAGAGGUCCCGGGUUCAAAUCCCGGACGAGCCCACUUUUUUUUUGGUGGUGAAAAGUAUUAUUCACGUUCUAAAUUUAUAGCCCCGCCCUUUCCUGCUCUGGAAAGCAUGAAACCUCCCACAUCAUCAUAAUCCCAUGUCACUGUUCCCACCUGCUCUCCUUAUACGAACAAAGGAGUCCCACCCCCACUAUACCAACACCACCUUCUCGUGAAGACCACCUCCACUCACUCCCGGAUCAAAACCUCCUGAGGACCAUCUUUGUUUCUUCUCCUCAACUUUACUAGGCGUGGUUCUCCACCCCCCGCCAUGGUCCUGUGCGGCGAGGGCGACUGCUGCGUGUGCCUGCUGGCGUUCUCGCGGGCGGAGCGCAUCCCGCGUCAGCUGCACUGCCAACACACUUUCUGCCAGCCCUGCCUGGAGACCCUGCAGACGCGGGCCAAGAGCGGGCUGCUCACCGUGGGCUGCCCGCUGUGUCGCCGGGUCACCUGCAUCCGGGCGGGCCUCAGCCUGCAGGAGGCACUGUGGGUGGACAGCGGCGUGUGGGAGCAGAUAGACCACGGCGGCGAAGACCACGCGCCGGAAGGCGGCACCGGAAACGAGACGGCGGCAGCAGAAUGCACGGCCCAUGACGGCGUGUCCAGAAGCAAGCGCAGGCUGAGCAUGUUCUUCAGGAAGCUGAGGCUGAGCAAACGUCGUCAAGAGACGAUCGUGCCCAGCAGCAACGUGGAAAUGAAGUCGUGGCGCAGACUUCCUGCUGAAGAAGCAGCAUGACGGAGGAGAAGAAGAGUGGCGUUAUGAUCUAUUGUCCUCCCAGCUGCUGCUCCAGAGAGCAGAUGGUCGACUCGGGACGUUGGAGAAGUAAACAAUUUGCAUGAGUGGCAACAAAAGGCGUGUGUGCGUGAGGCGCGGGACCACAGCGGCACAGCGGGUCACGUCUGGCCACUAAAGAGCCGCUGGAGCGUGAAAGGGGAUUGUGGAGACUUGGCUGAGCAUCUGGCAACAAGACGAGCAUCUGGCAACCCUGCCGUGUUGCAACAGGACGAGCAUCUGGCAACCCUGCCGUGCUGCAACAAGACCAGCAUCUGGCAACCCUGCCGUGCUGCAACAAGACAAGCAUCUGGCAACCCUGCCGUGCUGCAACAGGACGCGCAUCUGGCAACCCUGCCAUCUUGCAACAAGACUCAAAAUCACCUUCCAGGCUCAAUAAAAAUAAUGCACUUCCACAGACUUUGUGUCCAAGUCAAGUUUGGCGUGCCAAUCGUUAAAGAGUCCGAUUUAGUUUUGCGGACCUCUCCCCAUUUUGAUGUGUUUUUAGUACUUGACGUGCAUGCGGAAAGUAUUCACAGCACUUCACUGUUCCCACAUGUUGUUACGUUGCAACUCAGGAUGUAACGAUCAUCGACAGUUCGUAUUACCGUUUUAAAUGAAAAUGAUGUAAAACCGUGACUGAGAAGAUUUUGAUGAACCCACAGACCGGUGAUACAGAUCUUUUAUCAU